AUGGGAUCCCCAUUUCACUAUGCCAAAGCUAAGCGAAUGCGCAGCGAUUCGCCAGAAGAUGUCGAAAACAAACGACCACGCCUGGACGGGUCCACAGAUCACGAUGAGAACAAUGUACCGGAUAUGAGCAUGUUGAACGAUCAAGGGAUGGAGAGGAUGGAAUGGAAAGCAAAGUACUCCUUGGACCUUUUCGCAGAUUUCAUCCAACUCUCUAAAUUCCUGGCUGCUGGCGAGAAGAAGCGUGUGCCAGCCAUCAGCAAGAAGCAUCGGCAGAUCAACCACAAAUGGAGUGAAAUUAAUCAAGUAUUCAAAAAGUUUUUGAUCGAUCUCAGUGAAAAGUAUGGGGAGCUUGAGGGCUUGAUGGGAAAGGCGGUGGAUGUGGUUGGUAAACACGAGCGAUGGUGGGAGCUCACUAACAUUUUCGCACCUGUGCGAGAUGCGGCACUCACGAUGUUAGGAAUUGACUGCGGUGUACUCCGCCCCCUACAAGAACGGAGUGUCCCGACGACCGUCGACUAUGCCGACUAUAUCCGGGAGAACAUGUACAUCAUCUGGGACCCCACAGUCCCCUUCAGCGACUGGGAGAUGGACUGGUUCUUCGAAUUUCUCGAUGAAGAGGUCCAUAGAGUUUUCGACAUGAGCCGCGAGGCAGACACAUGGAUAGCCUCUGCUCAGCUUACUAUCACUGCAAAAACGGACAUCCUUCAGUCGCCAACACAAACGACCAUUCUCGAUUCUACGUUGCUACAUCAUCACGCACAAUACGACUGUUACCUAAGGCAAAUGCUCACAGAGCGCUUUGACAAGCUCCGGUAUGUCAACGCCGCCAAAGCGUGCCGAGAAGUGCGCGAGCGAAUGAACAGACAUGAGUGCGAAGCAUACGAAGAUGAGAAAUGUGUAUUCAACAUCCUCCUACCCACCUUGGAGAUUCUGCAAGGACGCGCCAAGUAUGAAGUCUGCCAUGCUGUAAUGCUCGCCACAGGUGCCAUCUUGCCUGCCGAACUCGCGGACCUGGUCGUUGAGUACACCCUACUAGCUGAAGAAGUCCCGUCUGAUCCUGAAAUCUUCGUUCAAGCCAAGCACAAGGUCUCUGGCCGAGAAAAACGUAAAGCGAGACUGGUUUGUGAGCAUACUCAAAGAAGAGCUGUGCUCACCAGCAAUGAAGAGCUGUUUGAGCCCUGGGUUUGGGGACCAGAUUGGGUUGAGAUUGAGCCGGACUAUCUGUCUGGAGAGGAUGACAGCGAUUUAGAGAGCAAAGCCGAUAUGUAUGCUUCGAUACAGUCCCCAUAA